UUAAAUAUCAUUUAAAUUAAAUUUUUUUUUCUCAUGAAAGUAUUCUAAUAAAAUAUAAAACCGAUGUGUGAAACCCUCAAAAGUGUUAAUUUACAUAUUUUUUGCAGUAGGUGAUUUUAUUCAAACACAUAAAAAAAUGAUUCUGUGUACAUGCGCUUGUCUAUGUUACGCGUGGGCCUGAGAAAAAACAAAUAUUCCCUGACAUUCUUAAUAUUAUCUAAUGGGACCUAUUUCAGUUUUUAAGUAUGGAGAUUAGUUUUUCAGAUAUGUAUAACUUAUGCCGGAUUUCAUAUGUACAAUAACAUAACAUUUAAUGAGUGUAUAGUGAGUAAACGGUCACUUUUAAACUUGAUUUAGCGGCCCAUAAAUUAAUACAUAUUUCAUGGAACUCAAUCGGCAUUAGAAUUUAGAUUUUUCAAUAAAUAAAUAACUAUCAAUAUUUAUAUGUUUUUCUUAUAGAUGUACGGUAAUAUUACAAUAUACGGUGGUGGUGGCAGAGGCGGUCGAGGCGGAAAACGCGGGCGUGGUGGUGAUCGCGGGCGUGGUGGCGACCGUGGGCGGGGAGGUGGUGCAAGCGGUGGCACACCCCCACCAAAAAAGUUUAGUGGAAAAUGUGACCUGUGCCACAUAAAGGGGCACAAAAUAAUUGGAUGCCCAAAAUUUAUAUCCAUAAUGGCCAUGGCGGAAGCGGCUACUUCUCGGCCGGAUGGCCACAACGAGGGUGGCGAGUCCGGGGCUGGUGGCGUCGCCGAGUCGGUGGCCGGUGGCGCUGGCGGUGGUGAGUCGGUGGCCGGUGGUGGUGGCGGUGGCGAGUCGGUGGCCGGUGGCGAGUCGGUGGCCGGUGGCGAGUCGGUGGCCGGUGGCGAGUCGGUGGCCGGCGACAGUUAAUAAUAAACUGUUUAAAAAAAAUAUUUUCUAUUGUUUUUAUUUAUUUUCGUACAACACCCAUUUCCUUAGUUAUUAGAGCUUACCUAAAACAAAAAAGGAGUAAAAUAUUUAAAUAGAGUAUAAGUUAUUAGUUAUAAAGGGUUAUUAUACAACCAAUACCCAUAAUGGUACAAUGGUAGAUAGGUACCCACUGUACAUUUCAAAACACUA